GUUUUUCCGUGCAAAUAUAGUUAAUUUCAGCUAUUCAUUUUUGAAAAUACAUUAGCUCUACAUUCCUUGCCUAUAUAAUGUCACUCCUCCCACCUUCGAUUUGAAUUGUAUUUUAGUCACUCAACAACAACCAACAACAACCCAGCUUCAAUCAACCGAUUCAAUCCUUUCCAAUGAAGGUUCUCACCUAUUUCGUCAAGCUUGCCUUUGUGGCCCCUCUCUUUGCUGGCUUUACUCACGGUAAACUGGAAGGCUGCUCCAAGUCCAUUGCCAUUGAUAUUACCGGUAUCUAUGAGAACGGCGACACCAAAACCUACUUCCACUACUGCGAGGACUUGGGGGACGGCCGCGGAUAUACUGCCGGUAUUGCCGGCUUCUGCACGGGCACUGGUGACGCCUGGGAGGUUAUUCAGGCCUACCAUAAGCUGACCGGCGGUAAAGAUGAUUUCACCCCUAUGGAUGCCACGCUUGCAAAAUAUGCAAAAUCUGGGAGUGAUUCUACCAAGGGCCUUGAGAAGUAUUGCAGCGUCUUUGAAAAGCUGGGCAAGAGUGAUAAGCGGUUCCAGCAGGUUCAAAUAAAUUCCAGAGACAAGAUGUAUCUCAAGCCCGCGCAGAACGCUGCUGCCAAUCUGGGCCUGAAGUUCCACAUUUCCGAGGGCCAGCUGUUCGACACCAGUAUUCAGCACGGUCCUUAUGAUGACAAGGAUGGGUUGCUCACUCUGAUCAAGGAGACCAACAAUUCGUUCAAGGCCAAUGCUCUUGGCGACUCUGGCAGCACGCUCAAUAUAAAUGGCAAAAAUGUCGACGAGAUUAUUUGGCUGAGAAAGUUCCUCGAUAUCCGCGAGGAGCAUCUCAAGCACCCCAAAAACCCGGAUAACCAGGGUGGUAAAAUUACUGGGCGCAGACUAUAUGCCAUUGAUCAGAAGCAGUAUAAUUGGGGUAACACUGCCGUAAAGAUCCUUGACAACGACGGCAAGCCCACUACCGUCAAGUGCUCAAAUGUGCCCAAAUAAGUAAAAUGUCAUUGCAUUUAUAAGAUGUGAGACCCAAGCUUUGUUUUUAAUUUUCUGUCGGGUAUUAUUCCGCUCUACUUUCAACAUUUAUAAUGUAAUAAAUGUUGUGCUCUAUAAAAAUGUG